AGCACCAUUCUUAUUGAAUUUGCUUCUUUUUACGACACUGACCUUAUCAUGCAACUAAACGGCACGUAUGAUGUGAAGCUGGGUAAAAGCUUCUUAGAUCCAAACUCGGCCAAAUAUCUCACUAUGCGUUGUGAUUUCAUGCCUGCCUCUGUGGAUCGUACUCAACCUGGAUCGAUAAAAGUCGAUGAUAGCAAGGAAGUGGUGGUCAAUUUGCCUAAUGUAGCCUCUGUUGGGUCCGGCUCCACUGUGUUUCGAGGUAGUGCCCGUCCUGUACAGAAGGAAUGCAUCCUAAUCUACAACAAAAAGACGGGUGAGCUUACUCUUGAGCGAAUAGCUCAUGCAGUGCAGUUGAAAAAGACCCGCGAGGAACAGAAGACCACGCAAUCCAACGCACCCGCUUCCUCAUGCUCCACCAUCGACUCUCAACCGGACCCAUCUCGCCAAAAGAAAGCUUCCGCUCGGAACCAAGACAAUACUAAACCUCCGCCUGUCCCAUUGUCGAAACGAAAGUUAAAAGACGCCAGGACUUCAAAAUCAGCUGUUCAGUCAGGCAAACCAAGAACUUUGAGCAGCAGUAGUAGCUGUAGCAAUGAUGGCGGUGGUAGUGGUGGUGGCCGCGCGAACACCUCCGAUGGGUCGGAAGGUCGGCGGGAGGCUGGCGCGGUUGCAAGUGACACGGAUGUAGACACAGACUCAAGCAGUUCCAGUGGUCUGUCCGAUGUGCCUCAGUCCGGCAAUUCACAACGCGCUAAGCAGAUGGCUGCUGGGUCUCGAGAAUCAAGUUAUCUACCUGUGCAUCGUAAGCUUAUCGAACACGAUCUGAAGUUGAGUGACUCCGAUUCGGAUGAUUGAUGGCGAUAUUCGUCCAACCCAAUUCUCACGCCCGUGCAGUUUGCCGUUACUCUACUCACGUUCCGUGCCUAUUGCUCUCACUCCAUUCCCCCCAUCACUUUCGCUUGAUUUUGGUUACAGAGCUCAUUCCGUUCCUCUUGAUUUGUAAAUAAACCGAGUUCACUAUUGAUUUGAUACAGGCCACUAAUCUGUGAUCUUGUCACUUCGAAUCAUGCCUUCAAAUGUCCCUCCGGGUUUGUAACCACAUACCGCUUCGCUAUUCAUCUAGUGAAUAGCGCAAAAUAGUCUGUUCAAACGCUCACUCAUCCUCCAAAUGUGACAAUCGGCAGUUGUAAAAGAAUGUGCGUAUUUUUUCGAGAUUGGUGUUCUGCCGUCCUAGUUUGAUAAUGGUCUUGGCUUGUGUUCUUCUGUAAUCGUUCUGGAUGAUUUUGCCUGUCGGAUCGACUUUCACCUCAUGAUCCUUAGAUCUGCUGC